UGCAACAAGGACGGGGCAUCGCUGGCAUACCCGGAGGAUCUGGACGCCCUGGAUUUCGUUGCUGGGCUGGUCCGCGCAACAGUUUCUACUGUGGGGUCAACGAACGCAGCUAUUGGCUUAAAUAAGGUUUUGGGAGACUGGACCUUCAACGGAUUGUUUUCCCCGUCCAAUGACGUCAUAACUAUGGCGGGAACCUCACCUUCUCCGUCUCAACUGUGGCGAUUCCUGGUCGUUCCUGAAUUCAGUAGUGACCCACUAAGCCUUCUUCCGGCUGCUUUGAAAUCUGACAAUGUUACCGUAGCUGUAUGUCAACUGUAUGGACCGAUAGAUUGCUUGCGUUUACCUCCUGAACCAACAGGGAACAUGACAAGGGUAUGGAGCGCUGGUGAAAAGACGGCGAUCUAUACAUGUCAUCUUGGAUAUUUCGUCGAGGGAAAUAAGUCUGUCACUCAACAGAACAUCCACUGCAUCGGAGUCUUAGGGGAUUGGUAUCCUCAACUGAAAAACUGUUCGGCUGUUGAAGGUAUCCUAAUACUACUAAUCCUCACAACCUUCGAAUUUUAUGUUAGGCGAAUAUUCCCGACCUAAUUCUCACGACUUGCACAUUAGUAUGAUUUAUUUAUUUAUUUAUUUUUUUUUUUUGUAGACUUCCUUUGAGGGCAUCUUAAUUCUUUGAUGUUACAGCAUAUAAAUGGAUGUAGUAAACGUUCUGUUAUGGUUUCAUCAUUAUCCUCUUUCAAAAUGUGCACACAUACGAGUGGAAUGAGUCAAUAUGGCAACCGUUUGUUAAACGGGACUCCGAGAGUGAAGAAGAACGGGCCAACCAGCGAACGAAGAUAUCUGAAUUAAAUAUAAGACAUACUUCUCUUGAUC